GAGUGGUAGUUAAGAAGUGCGUUGAGUACAGGUCCCUCGGUGAGCCCUGGAGAUUGAUCGUCAGGGUGCGCGAGCGGCUCAACAUUGUGUUUUAACCCCUCACAUUGCCGCCAACUAUGAUCUAGUGACAAUGUUGCGCUCAAAGAAGGAAGUGGACCGUCACGUGCGGGAUUUGCUCAAUAAAACCAAGACAGAGGAGGAGCGCAAAGUACGGGGCUAUAAUAUUGCACGGCUCUACUUCAACAUUAGUGAAUAUGAAAAUGCUCGUCGUUACCUCAGCGAGUUUCUUGCUGUACGUCCCAAGGCAAUGGAUGCACACCGCCUCAUGGGCCAAAUAUAUGAAGGUUUAGGAAACAAGGAAAAAGCCGUGCAGUCAUACAAGACUUCAUACGAGUUAGGAGAGGGUCAGAAAGAAAUAGUUUUAAAAAUUUGUGAGUUGUAUACAGAUGUACAGGCAGACUCUUCUGUUCGCCUAUAUUGGGCAGAAGAAGGCCAUCGUUUGUUUCCUCACCAUGAGAGUGUUGUAAAGCUCCGUGAGGCUCUUCUCACCGGCUCGGGCUCUCAUUCACGGCAGGAACUCGAGAAACUAUACUUAGAUGAAAUCAAAGCCAGUCCAACAGUUGUUAGACUACAGACAAACUUAUUACAACUUUAUAAAGACUGGGGUGCAGAAGACAAGAACAAGCUUAACGAAGCCUACAAUUACAGUUGUCAAGUAGAGACUCGGAAAGCUUUUUCAGAUUCCCUAGAAUGGUAUCAAACCCUAUACGACAUUAUGCAAGCUUACCAAAGUAUGACUGAUGUCAGUAAUGAUGUGGAAUUCCACACCAACUUCUUGUCCGCUCUGGAGCGGCUCGCCUACCUCACUUUGGCAUCCAGCGGUGGCAGUGCCCUCAUGUCACAAUGCACAUUAACAGAUGCUGCCACACUUCUUCACAAAUUUGAUCAGAACUUGAGUACAAGCCUCAAUGUUGUGGGCCAAAACACACAGUUUGGUCAGCUGAUGAUGGGACAGCUGUAUCUUCAUAUGGCCAUUUUCCUCAUGCAUAGUGCCAAGAAGGAUGGAUUAAUGCACACAAGUACCCGUGCUGGUGCGCUCUUGUUUCAUGCCUGUCGUUUCCGGGCCCCAGAAAGUGGGCACCAGUCUAAAUCUUGGACAACGCGAGAUCAGUUUUGGCACAAACUGGCCUGCCACCGGCUCUCCCAGGCUGCUCAUGUCCUACAUCAUAUGGCCAAAACUGAGGCUGAGAAAGUGGCAUUCAUCAAUAAAGUCAAACAGCAGUUUAGCAAUAAAGAAGCUCAAGAGAACAUCUAUCAGACUUUAUUUGGGGCUUCAUGUGCCAACAAGAAAGAUCAGAGCUUCUUCUUGAAGGACGAUGACUUUAUAAAUGCCUCUCUAAGUUAUCCCGACUCCGAACAAAUAAAGGUGUGGGACAGAGUGGUGGGAAGCAUGUACUGUGCCAGUCUUGGAGACAUGGUUUGGCUAUGUUUGCAACAAGCAUCCAAUAGUGUUAAGGAGCCACAACCUUACUAUACCUUCACUCUGUUUGAGGGUCUCCAGUUCUCCACAAGUAAUGUCAAUACAGGGGCUCCGGAGACUCUGUGUCACCUUGAUCUUCUGGCUUUCCUGGCUGCAACUGUUUACUGUCAGAUUGCUGCUUCAAAAGAAUCUCAUGGUCCACCCCCAGCUUCCCUGCCUACAGUGGUAGCUUCAGCCCUGAACACGAGAGAGCAAGGAGACUGGUGGACUGCAGCUGCCACUCUGUUCACCAACCGUGCGCAUCACAGGCUCAGCAAACUUAGAAUGACUUUACAACGAGGCUUGGAAGUUAUUAGAGCCAUUGGUAAUCAUGGUAUUGACCUCACUCUCAUGGCACAUCUCGCAAAGAGUUUCACCAUGUGGGCCAGUGCUGCAGAAGACGAUGGAAGUACUAAUAGUGAAAUUGAUGCCUUGGCAGAGCGAGCUGAACAUUACUGGAAUCGUGUUUUGGCACUCUGUCAGAGGGCUGCCCGUAACAUCCCUAACAUAAUGCCACGAAACCCACUUUUUGUUGUUCAGAAUGUGAGUCUGACUCCUGAGGAGCGGGAAAAAUUAGAGGAGGAAGGGAAAUUCUUCUUGGCAAUGCGUCUUGUCCAUGCUGGCAAGCAACAGGAGGCCAUACAAGCUCUUGGAGAGUUGAAGAGUCCUGAGGCAUCUUUCCAGAGAGCAAUACUAUACCAAGAGCGAGCACAGGCGAUGCUGGGUGAGGGUAACCUUGAGUCGGUUACCUCAGAAAUGCGGUCCCAGCACACCAUCUUACUUACCCAGGCCCGAGACACACUUUACCUUACGCUGGAUAGAUUACGCAUGCCAGGUGUGGAUCGUUUCCAUCCGCUAAACACCAAGCUCAGCCACCAGUUGGAAGUUGUUGAAAGACAGUUGUCCCACAUGACCCUCGACCAAGACAUGGCAGCACAGCGGGAGGACGACACAGAAUCCAUCUCUGAUGUGUCACAGUCGCCACAUGCUGAUCUUACAAAUGGUCACUUAACAAAUGUGCCUCAUAUACCUAUGUUUAGCACACCAUUUAGAGAGAAUAAAAACUCCACACGGAUAACUAGACAGGAAGCACGACCCAGCCCUGAGCGAUUAGAUGCCCAGGUGAGAGCCCUGUCAGAAGUACAGGAGAAUACACUCAGAAAUAUGGAAGAGCAGAAUGCUGCCCUCAAGGUUCAAAAUGAAGCGCUUCGGAAGUUCUGUACCACAAUGGCAGACGAAUUUAAAGAAAAUUCAUCGCUAUAUCGGAGUAUGCUAGAACAAAACAAAUUACUCUGUCAAGAUACAUGCUCUUCUAUUUUAAAUGAAAUGAAGCAAAUACAUUGUUCUAUAAGGGACUUACAAACUCAGGUGCAUGCCAUGUCAGUCGACAUAGGAGAGCUGCGAGCUUUAAAAUCCGUUGCAAAGCAUUCAGAAGGAGCAGAAGUGAAGGCUAAUGAAGAGCAAGUUCCCGUGGAUAUACCAGCUGAUGUUGAUUCUUUUUUGUCAGCUGUUGUACCUCAAGGUCUGUACAGUAGUUACAUGGGCUAUUACGGUCAGCAGCCAGUGCCCAGCCCACUGAUGCCAACUCCGGGACUCUUUGGCAAUCCUCCGUUUUUCCCACCAUCCACAAUGCCGGAGCAGUCAUUCAGUAUGUCUACUACUGUGACCCAAGGGCCCUCCAUAUCUUUAGCCCAAGCCAGUACAUCUAUGGUAACUCCCACAUUGGGCUCUCCUGUCUGCAUCACUGUCAAAGAACCUCUACCAUCACCAUCUGGCAUUUCAGCUACUCGGAGCCUUCCUGCAAGCAGCCUGGGUAAUAUUAGUUGGAGUUUGGCCACAUCAAUUGCAUCGGUCACUACAGCUGGUAGUAGCAACUAUCAGGUUUCUGAUGCACCACCACCUGCACAUGCCUUCCAGAUCACUAUGCCACCUAUAUCAACUGCUCUUACUCCACCACCAAGGUCUAUGCCAGGAGAGUCGCUGUCCCAUACCCUCCCCUGCUCCACCACUGCCGGUCUCCUGGCCAAUGUGCCUCCCCCACUCUACUCGGCGGUUACUCCUGACUCGUCCCCAGUACGUGGCGAGUCUCACAUCCAAUCACUGUCGACGGUGAUGUCAACAGAAGGCUUGUCAUCUGCAGCUAACAGUUUGAUAGCUCCGACUGCUGCAUCCAGUUCACAGGAUAGCUCUCUUAGUUUUAUGGGGGCGUUCAAGUCUCCUGGAGGGUUGAAUGAGCAAAAGAUGACACCCAUCAAGAGUAAGGAGACGGCAGAUGAUGAUGAUCGUUAUGUGGAAGAUGAUCAUGAUCCGUGCCCCGAUUUUAAACCAGUUGUUCCUCUGCCAGAAAAGGUGGAAGUUCUAACAGGAGAGGAAGAUGAAAAGGUGUUGUUCGAGGAGCGAGCCAAGCUCUUCAGGUUCUUGGAAAAGGAAUGGCGGGAGCGUGGCACUGGUGUGAUGAAGCUGUUGCACAACCCGUCUCAGGGAUCUGUGAGGGUGCUGAUGAGGAGAGACCAGACACACAAGAUUUGUGCCAAUCAUCUGGUGACAGCAAAUAUUGAUCUCCAGCCUUUAAAGAACAUAGAUAAAGCCUGGAUCUGGGCUGCACAGGAUUUUGCCGAUGAGGAACUUAGAAUGGAAAAGUUCUGCUGCCGAUUCAAGACUUUAGAAAUUGCUUCCAGUUUCAAAGAGGCCUUCAUGAAAGCUAAAGCCAUUGCCAAGAAAAAAGAGGAAGAAAAUAAAAUGCAACAGGAUGCAAAUGCAGUACCCAAGGAAGCAAGUGAUGAGACAACACCUGCAGCAGCAGCAACAAAACCCACUUCACUAGCAGAUAUGUUUAAACCAUCUGCAGGAUCCUGGAGCUGUUCAACCUGCCUAGUGUCCAACACUCAAGAGAAGACAAAAUGUGCGGCUUGUGAAACACCCAAUCCCAAUGCACCUAAAUCAGAGGAACCACUUCCUGAGGCCCAAACACAGUUUGCAUCUUUCAAGUUUUCUCCAUCAAGUAGGAAUGGGGGUGCCUCGGCUUUAACCAGCGGCUUCAAAUUUGUUGCGUCACCCUUGUCCUCGAAUGUAACGAGCACCCCAACUACCACUUCAUCGUCAAUAUUUGCAUUCAAAUUUGGGCUUGGCACAACUACAACCAGCACCCCGACAGCCAGCAUAAUCUCUAAUACAACUCCGGUUACCUCGGUUGAGCCAGCUUGCGCCACAGGUGCUUCAUUAGCUGCCGUGACUACGCCCGAUACAUCCAAGGAUGGUAGCAAGCUUACUUUCCAUGGCUUUACCUUCACCACCAGCCCAUCAUUCAAACCAGAGAAGGUAGAAGAGGCUCAACAGAAGCCUCCAGAGGAUGAGAAGAAGAAAGAUUCCAUAUUUGCUGGGUUUUCAUUUGGUUCAAGUGCAGUUAAUUCUGCAACCACAGGUUUUGCCUUCAGUGCUCCUAAAGCUGAAGCUAGAAAGGAAGGAGAUAAGACUGAUGGCAGUGCAACUAGUGGAGGCCUAUUUGGCAAUUCUGCAUCUGGAACAAUGCUAUCCUUCGCAGGUCUGGCCAGCAACACUACUUCACCCUCCAACUUGUUCACUACUAAGAACACACAAGCCAUGGAACCAAAAGCACUUUUUGGCGGUGGCUCUUUAGGGGUGAAGUCACCAUCUAAGGAUGAUGAAGACAAGGUAGAUGAGUAUGAACCCCAGGUGGACUUCCAGCCAGUGAUCCCUAUGCCUGAUCUAGUUGAAAUCAAAACUGGUGAGGAAGAGGAGGAGAAGUUGUUCUGUGAGCGAGCCAAGUUAUACAGGUUCGAAAAUGAGUCCAAGGAAUGGAAAGAACGGGGUGUUGGAGAUCUCAAGAUAUUAAAAAGUAUUUCCUCUGGAAAGGUGCGCAUUUUGAUGCGUCGAGAACAAAUUCUUAAGGUAUGCGCUAAUCAUUUCCUGACACCAGAAAUGAGGCUUUCACCAAUGUUGACAUCAGAUAAGGCCUGGGUGUGGGCUACACAUGACUUUGCUGAUGAAGAAAUGAAGGAAGAAAAGUUUGCAGCCAGGUUCAAAACACAUGAAUUAGCCCUGAGUUUCAAGGAAGCUUUUGAAAAGGCCCAAAAAACCUUGUGUGUCGAAUCGGUAACAAAUAUAUCAUCGUGCACAUCUUCAGAGCCAGUCCCCACCACAACUACAUCCUUAGCAGCUAUGUUCAGACCAGCUGCUGGAUCAUGGGAAUGUCAGACAUGUUUAGUUCGUAACCCUGCAGAGAAGAAUGUAUGCCUUUCAUGUUCUGCAAACAAACCUGGAUUUGAACCUCCCAAGGAUUUCAUGCCUAAGUUCAGCUUUGGAGUAGUCUCCCAAUCAAGUGAAAAGGAUUCUGGAGUUCCUCUAGAGAAGAGUAGUGAUGUGAAGCCAUCUUCACUUGCUGCUAUGUUCAAACCAGCAACUGGAUCUUGGGAGUGUGGCAGCUGUUUGCUUCGUAAUGCAGCAGAGGUUGUGAAAUGUGCUGCCUGUGGAGAAGGUGGUCCUGCUGCUGCUGCUGUUGAAAGUAAGCCACCAUUUGCCUUUGGCAUGAAAAUCAGUGAAGUGGUAUCACCAUCCACAAUAACAGGUGGUGGAAGUUUCAGCUUUUCCACCACAGAAAGCAAACCAGCAUUCUCUUUUGGUGUUCCACAAAAUUCAAGUCAAACGUUAUCUGCUGCAACUUCUCAGUCUGCGUUUACAUUUGGUGCCCUAGGCAAGACGACCCAAGAAAUCGCAAGUCCAUCGGAGAUUAAGCCUGCAUUUUCAUUUGGAACUUCAUGUGACAAAUCAAGUAAACCAUUCAGUUUCACGUGGCUGCCAAAAAACACAGCAGCAAGUGACGUGUCAUCUUCCUCUUCCUCCUCCUCCUCUUCCUCGUCGUCUUCUACCACGUCUACUGUUUCUGCUACAUUCUCUACAGGACCUAUAACAAUUCCUAAAAGCACUCACGAAGAUCCCACUACACCAGCAAAGGAUGAAAAGUCUGGAUUUGUAUUUGGUAGCCCAGGAAAAUACGAGUUUUCCUUUGCUGGAAUUAAAUCUAAAUCCCCACGCUCAAGAGAUAUAAGUUUGUGUGAAUCUGAAGAUGGUGUUCUGGAAGAGGAUGAUGGCGAUCACCUAUACUUUGAGCCUGUCAUCCCCCUUCCGGAGAAAGUAGAUGUGGUGACAGGAGAGGAAGAUGAAGAUGUACUGUAUUCCCACCGUGCAAAACUGUUCCGCUUAAUCUCUGGAGAAUGGAAGGAGAGGGGUCUUGGCGAUAUAAAAAUCCUUGGCCAUAAGCAGACUGGCAAGAUUAGGUUACUGAUGCGUCGAGAACAAGUUCACAAGAUUUGCCUGAAUCACUGCUUGACUAAAGAUAUGGAGUUCCGCAAGAAGGAUGACAAAACAUUCUACUGGGCAGCAUUAGACUAUGCAGAAAGUAAUCCUCAGAAUGAGACAUUUGCUAUUCGGUUUAAAACGCUCGAGAUUGCAUCCGACUUCUUUAAUGCCAUAGCUGAUGCCAAGGUAAAACUGGGAGGAACAGCUACACGUUUGCUAGCUACUACAUCAACCCCAGUGAAGCAAGAGGAGGAGAGCAAAACAGGAAUCUUAAAAGAAACGUUGGAAAUGUCUAAGACCUUAGCAUCACCAGUACCACCACAACCUUCCCCAGUUGUUGCUGCCCCGGCUGAUUCUACUACUCCAGUUUCUACUCUAACUAAGCCGAUUGAGCCUCCACUUGGAGGACUAUCUGGAGAUUCUAACUUUGGGCGAUCCCCUGCCUCCAUAUUUGGAGUAUCAGGAGCGCCUUCUCGAUCAAUAACUGGGGAAACCACAACAUCCUCAUCGUCAGUAUUUGGGGGAACAGUAACGUCCUCAUCAUCCUCAAUAUUUGGGGGAACAGUAACGUCCUCAUCACCCUCAAUAUUUGGGGGAAUUGUAACAUCCUCAUCACCCUCUAUAUUUGGGGGAGCUGCAAAAUCAUCAUCAAUAUUUGGAGGAACACCAGUAUUUGGUGGAAGCAGCAUCAAUACUGUGCCCGCUUUCACUACCAAUGUGUCAACCAACUUCUCCUUAAAGACACCAGCACAGCCGAAUGUGCAAAAUGUAACCACAGUCAGUCGUGGAGCUGGGGGCUCAUCACUGUUUGGGGGAGCAACCUCAACGUCUACGUCCACAAGGAGCUCUUUUAGCUUUGGAGAUAAAUUCUCCUCUGAGCGCGAGACUACCGAUGCUGUCGAAAUCAUAUACGAGAAGAAGGCAACAGAGGAGCAAGUCGAGAAGGCACGGAAACUCCAGCUCCCAGACAACUUUUACUUGUAUGAGGAUGCUCCUCCCUGCCCAGGAUGUCGUGGGUGCCAGGGUGACGAGGUAGACAAGGAAAAUAAGGAGGUUUUGCCAGAGCAAACUGGAAUCAGCUCAGCCAAAUCAUUAAAACCACCAGUGUUUGGCAACAGUGCUACAGUAUCUUUCUCUACAUCUCUAUUUGCAACAUUGCCAUCAAAUACACAAAGUAAAUUUGGAGGCAACAAUGCUGGUAGUUCCCCCAGCAUAUUUGGAGGCAACAAUGCCGGUAGUUCCCCCAGCAUAUUUGGAGGCAACAGUGCCGGUAGUUCCCCCAGCAUAUUUGGAAAGGCUGCGACUGGUGCUUCAAGUCUUUUUAGCAGCAGUUCUCCUAGUAUGUUCAAUAGUGGCAGUGCACAAAGCACUUCCACCACCAUAUUUGGAAGUGAGAACACAACUUUCACUAAUGCUAACAAUUCUGGAAAUAACACCCCAUCUAGUAAUGCAGACCUCUUUGGUAAAAGUUGCAGUAUCUUCCGUAAUGCACCUAGUUCCACUGGACUUUUUGGUGCAAAACCUGCGGAAUCUCCAGGGCUGCUUGGUACUUCAUUUCCUAAUGCCACGGUCACAACUCCGGUAGAUACCAAUACUAUUACCAUCAUAAAGACAACAUCAGGAGGGGGAUUGUUUUCCUCACUCAAUAGUACUUCACAGGUGUCAUUUGGUGAUCUUGCAGAGAAAGCUGCUUCCCAUAACAGCUUUGGUCAAGCAAGUCAUGCUGCAACCGCUGUUUGGGCGACACGAGGUCAACCUGUGUUUAACAAAUCGCCCAAGAAGAUAGAGGACAAAGAGGAAGAGGGAGCCGAGGAAGGAGACUCGCACGAUCCACACUUCGAGCCAGUUGUGCCAAUGCCAGACCUUGUAGAGAUUAAGACGGGAGAAGAAGACUUGGAAGCGAUAUUUUCUAACCGCGGGAAGUUAUACCGGUAUGAUGGAGCUACAAAACAAUGGAAGGAGAGAGGUAUUGGAGAUUUCAAGAUUCUCCAUGAUCCUGUAAAUAAUAAGUAUCGUCUGCUUCAAAGAAGAGAACUGGUACACAAGACCUGCUGUAACCAUUACCUUACACCCCAGCUAGAGUUUCGACCUCUACAAACCUCAGAAACUGCUUGGUGUUGGUACGCCACGGAUUAUUCGGAAGGUUUAAAAGGCAGCAGUGAACAACUAGCAAUUAGGUUUAAGACCAUUGAAAUGGCCAAAGAAUUUAAGAGCAAAAUAGAAGAAUGCCAAGAAAAGUUAAGAAAUUUAGAAGGCAAGGCAUGUACGUCAACAAGCGCCUCUGCCUCUGUUGUCAUCCCUCAGGCUAUUGAGCCUACACAAGAGCAUGAGGAUGAAGUGGAAGAUGAGGAUGAGGAGGACGAUGAUGAUGAUGAAGAUGACGACGACGAUGAUUAUGAAGAUGACGACAAUGAUGAGGAGGAAGAUGGGGAAGAAAAUGUAAUAAUUUUUAAUAAGAGAUGCACUUUGGACAAAAAGGAAAAUGAUAACUGGAUGGUAAGGAUAUAUUUAUGAUUUCUGGCUGCUGCUCGUAUUAACCUUCUAAUUUGAAUAACAAAAAUAUUACAUUCUGGUAUACAAUAUAGAUUAUGAAAAUGUGCUUAAACUAGUUAUUGCAAGGACCGUGGUGCAGUGAACUGGACAGAGCUAAGGAUAUAACUAUUGCAUAAUUGAUAAAUUUGGAUAACUGUUUUGUAAUAAAAAAUAUUUAAAGA